AUGGCGGCCCCACAACCUCCAAUUGAACGUGCUUACGGCGUCACCAUCAUCAAAAACAACAUCCCCAUCCUCUUGGAUAUUGAUGAUGGCAAUUAUGACGCAUGGAGAGAGCUGUUCUUAAUCCAUUGCCAAAGCUUCGAUGUCGCUGGACAUCUUGAUGGAACGCUCUUACCAGACAAUGCCGACGACCAACCUUGGAAGAAACGUGAUGGCUUGGUCAAACUUUGGCUGUACGGAACUCUCUCCAAAGAUCUCUUCAAAAGCACUUUCAAGGCGGGCGGUACUUCUCGAGAAGUUUGGAUCAGACUUGAGAACUUCUUCCGCAACAACAAAGAAGCUCGUGCGAUCCAACUUGAUCACAAGCUUCGCAAUUAG